AAGACAUGAAGCAAAGUUCUGAGGAAGAAGAAAUGAUAAGAUGGUUAUACUGGUGUGAGGAACAGAGAGAGAGACAGAGAUAAAGAUAGAAUGAGAGAUGAAGAGUAAGAGAAAGACAUUUGUAAUGUCUUUAUUCUUUUGAAACUUCUGUAUGUUAAAUGUUUACUGUAAAUUUGUAUUGUUUAUUUCACUUUUGUAUAUUAUCUACCUCAAUGUUAACAUAUGUUUCCCAUGACAAUAAAGCCCAUUGAAUUGAAUUGAAUUGAAAGAGAGAGAGAGAAGCUGGAGUAAUUGUCACAGAGAGCUGCUUUCCUGAAGGAAGAGAGAGAUAUAAUUACAUCCACCUCUCCUCUCUCCUCCUCUAAUAUCUUUCCUUGUGCUCUUCAACACUGCCUAGAGAUUUUAUUAAUAUUUAGUGGACAUUUUAAUAUUUAGUGGACAAUGAAAGCCUUUCCUCCCUCUUCUUAUCUUCUACUCUCUCUACUUAUUAGUUAUCCCCUUCUCGCAAUAAUACAUUUUCUCUCUACUUAUUAGUUCUCCCUCUCUUCUCUGUUUAAUAUCUUCUUUCUCUGCUUAUUAGUUCUCCCCCUCUUCUCGCUUUAAUACCUUCUCUCUACUUAUUAGUUCUCCCCCUCUUCUCUCUUUAAUAUCUUCUCUCUCUACUUAUUAGUUCUCCCUCUCUUCUCUGUUUAAUAUCUUAUCUUUCUACUUAUUAGUUCUCCCCCUCUUCUCUCUUUAAUAUCAUCUUUCUACUUAUUAGUUAUCCCCCUCUUCUUUCUUUAAUAUCUUCUCUCUACUUAUUAGUUAUCCCCCUCUUCUUUCUUUAAUAUCUUCUCUCUCUACUUAUUAGUUAUGCCCCUCUUCACUCUUUAAUAUCUUCUCUCUCUACCUAUUAGUUAUCCCCCUCUUCUUUCUUUAAUAUCUUCUCUCUACUUAUUAGUUCUCCCCCUCUUCUCUCUUUAAUAUCAUCUCUACUUAUUAGUUAUCCCCCUCUUCUCUCUUUAAUAUCUUCUCUCUCUACUUAUUAGUUCUCCCUCUCUUCUCUGUUUAAUAUCUUAUCUUUCUACUUAUUAGUUCUCCCCCUCUUCUCUCUUUAAUAUCAUCUUUCUACUUAUUAGUUAUCCCCCUCUUCUUUCUUUAAUAUCUUCUCUCUACUUAUUAGUUAUCACCCUCUUCUUUCUUUAAUAUCUUCUCUCUCUACUUAUUAGUUAUGCCCCUCUUCUCUCUUUAAUAUCUUCUCUCUCUACCUAUUAGUUAUCCCCCUCUUCUUUCUUUAAUAUCUUCUCUCUACUUAUUAGUUCUCCCCCUCUUCUCUCUUUAAUAUCAUCUCUCUACUUAUUAGUUUUCCCCCUCUUCUCUCUUUAAUAUCUUCUCUCUCUACUUAUUAGUUAUGCCCCUCUUCUUUCUUUAAUAUCUUCUCUCUACUUAUUAGUUAUCCCCCUCUUCUCUCUUUAAUAUCAUCUCUCUACUUAUUAGUUAUCCCCCUCUUCUCUCUUUAAUAUCUUCUCUCUCUACUUAUUAGUUAUGCCCCUCUUCUUUCUUUAAUAUCUUCUCUCUACUUAUUAGUUCUCCCCCUCUUCUCUCUUUAAUAUCAUCUCUACUUAUUAGUUAUCCCCCUCUUCUCUCUUUAAUAUCAUCUCUACAUAUUAGUUAUCCCCCUCUUCUCUGUUUAAUAUCUUCUCUCUACUUAUUAGUUAUCCCCCUCUUCUCUCUUUAAUAUCAUCUCUCUACUUAUUAGUUAUCCCCCUCUUCUCUCUUUAAUAUCUUCUCUCUCUACUUAUUAGUUAUGCCCCUCUUCUCUCUUUAAUAUCUUCUCUCUCUACUUAUUCGUUCUUCCCCUCUUCUCUCUUUAAUAUCUUCUCUCUACUUAUUAGUUAUCCCCCUCUUCUCUCUUUAAUAUCUUCUCUCUCUACUUAUUAGUUCUCCCCCUCUUCUCUGUUUAAUAUCCUCUCUCUACUUAUUAGUUCUACCCCUCUUCUCUCUUUAAUAUCAUCUCUCUACUUAUUAGUUAUCCCCCUCUUCUCUCUUUAAUAUCAUCUCUACUUAUUAGUUAUCCCCCUCUUCUCUGUUUAAUAUCUUCUCUCUUCUUAUUAAUUCUCCCCAUAUUCUCUCUUUUUCUAUUCUCAGCUUCUCCCCUCUUAAUUUUUCUAAAAUUCUCCCUUGUCAUACCUUCUCUGUCCUCAUCUAAACUAUGUUCCCUCUUUUCUUUUUUCUAAUUUCCUUUUUUUAUGAUCCUCUUGUCCUCUCCUCUCUUCUCAUCUCAUUUUCUCUCAUCUUCUGUUCUGUCUUUUCACAUUUUCUCUCAUCAUCUGUAUGUAUAUCUUCUAAGUUAUAUUCUCUUUUCCUCCACUCCCUCUAUUCAUGAUCUUUAGAUCUUUUCUUACAGAUUCUCUUCUCUUAUACAGUAGAUAGACUGAGAUAAUUUUUUAUUCUCUUCCCUGUUUUACAGAUAGACUUUGUGCUCCUCCUGAGCCAAACCAAUCAUAUUGUCUCCAUCAGACUGAGUGCUCAACCAAUAAGAGUGAUUAGCAGACUCGGAGAGACAAUCACAGCGACUCUAACAUCUUGACGACCAAUCAGACAACUGAGGAGAGUAUAGAAGGACUAUAACUGCCUGAUUACCCAGUCACCCUGUCCCCUCUACACCCCCUUUAGCUCCCUCUAGCCCCCCAUCAACUCCCAGGCUCUGCCAGUAAGCUCCCUCUAACAGCCCCCAAAACACUUCUUCCCCCAUGACCAAUAACAGCAGCUCCUCUGGCGUCUGGGAGAACUCUGAUUGGUCAGAGUCAGCCCAGUGUCCGCCCUCGGUGAGUGGAGCCACCUUCCUCAUCGUGGCCUACAGCACGGUGAUCGCAGUAGGGUUGCUAGGCAAUGUGGGCCUGGUUUUCAUCAUCGGGCGGCAGAAGGAACUGCAUAAUGUCACCAACAUUCUAAUCGCCAACCUGUCCUGCUCCGACAUCUUGAUGUGUGUGGUGUGUCUACCCGUCACCGUCAUCUAUACUCUGAUGGACCGCUGGGUACUGGGGGAGGCACUCUGCAAGGUCACUCCGUUUGUACAGUGUGUGUCAGUGACGGUGUCUAUUUUCUCCCUGGUGUUGAUUGCGUUGGAGCGCCAUCAGUUGAUCCUGCACCCUACUGGCUGGUCCCCAGCAGCAGGCCACUCCUACCUGGCCGUAGGUCUCACCUGGUUGGUCGCCUGCUUCAUAUCACUCCCGUUCCUGUCCUACAACAUUCUGACCGACAACCCCUUCCAGAACCUCACCUUGCCUGCCAACCCCUUCAGAGACCAUGUGAUCUGUUUGGAGAAAUGGCCUACUGAAAGACACCGUCUGGCCUACACCACCUCCCUGCUGCUGUUCCAGUACUGCCUCCCUCUACUACUAGUGCUGCUCUGCUACCUCCGCAUAUUCCUACGCCUACGUCGACGCAGGGACGUGGUGGAGCGGAGCCGGAAGGCCCGAGGAGCCCAGAGGAUCAAUGCUAUGUUGGCGGCCAUCGUUGCCGCCUUCGCCCUCUGCUGGCUGCCUCUCAACGUGUUCAACACGAUAUUCGACUGGGACCACCAGGCGCUGCCCGCCUGCCAGCAUGAUGCUGUGUUCUCCGCCUGCCACCUCACCGCCAUGGCCUCCACCUGUGUCAAUCCUGUGGUGUACGGUUUCCUGAACAGUAACUUCCAGAGGGAGUUGAAGGCCCAGCUGCAGCGCUGCCACUGUGGUUUGGGGGCGCCAGAGAGCUACGAGAAUUUCCCACUCUCUACCGUUGGCAGCGAGGGGAUCACCAAGAUGUCGAUGCUGAACCGGGCAGGGUCAAUGAGCAUCGCGCCGCCGCCACGGGCUGAGCCCAGUGUUAGCAUAUGCAGCUAACGGCUAGCCGACAGAGCUAGUGGCUAAUGCUAAUGGCUAAGAGCUAAUGGACAUUGUGUAGUGUGUACAGCUGUCAGACAGGAUGUAAACAACAAGGGUAAAGUUCAUAUCAAGCAAGCAGCUAACAGACAGAACACCCCAAUGGACAGAACUAAUAGAGAGCAGCUAACGCUAAUAGAGAGAGAGAAAGUGGAACUAAGCAGCUGGACUGACAGUCAAAGACAGAGCUGGUUGGCCCCAGUCUCCAUAGAGAUCGGUCCAUUUCUGAAUUCCUACAAAGCAUCGCAGGCCCUGCAGAGUAUACAGAAUGCACUUCGCUAAAAGCAAACAAACAGAUCCAUACAGCUAAUCGACAGAGAAGCUCAUGGACAGAUUGCACACAUGCAGCUACGCUCGGUAGCAAACCUCUGGAGAGACUGCGGCAGAGAGCCUGACAGAACCAGGGACGCGUGGGCUCUGUUUCAAUGGUGAUGAUGUAUUUCUGAGCUAAUUCAGCUUGUCCCCAGAAAAACUGUCUUCACCAGAGAUUGACAUCAUCCUGGGGUGUUAAGCUGUUGUCAAGCCAGUCAGAAAGAUGGACAGACUGUCAGUCAGUCAGACAGUCAAUUCUGAACUCAGGGCUGCCUUGAGCUCUAAUCCAAAUCAAAUUUGAUUAACCACAUACACAUAUUUUUCAGAUGUUAUCACAGUUGCAGCGAAAUGAUUAUAUUUGGUACUCCCUCAGUGCAGUAAUACCUAACAAUGCAAAACAAAAGACACAAAUCCCUUAAAAUAAAUAAAGAGAGAAAGGUAGAAAUAUCAGAGCCAUGGUCAAAGUUCAGAAUAUAUACAUUGCCGUUCAAAAGUUUUGGAACACCUACUCAUUCAAGGAUCUUUCUUUAUUUUUUACUAUUUUCUACAUUGUAGAAUAAUAGUAAAGACAUCAAAAUUAUGAAAAAACACAUAUGGAAUCAUGUAGUAACCAAAAGGGUGUUAAACAAAUAAAAAUAUAUUUUAUAUUUGAGAUUCUUCAAAUAGCCACCCUUUGCCUUGAUGACAGCUUUGCACACUCAUGGCAUUCUCUCAACCAGUCACCUGGAAUGCUUUUCCAACAGUCUUGAAGGAGUUCCCACAUAUGCUGAGCACUUGUUGGCUGCUUUUCCUUCACUCUGCGGUCCAACUCAUCCCAAACCAUCUCAAUUGGGUUGAGGUCGGGUGAUUGUGGAGACCAGGUCAUCUGAUCCAGCACUCCAUCACUCUCCUUCUUGGUCAAAUAGCCUUUACACAGCCUGGAGGUGUGUUUUGGGUCAUUGUCCUGUUGAAAACAAAUGAUAGUCCCACUAAGCGCAAAUCAGAUGGGAUGGCGUAUUGCUGCAGAAUGCUGUGGUAGCCAUGCUGGUUAAGUGUGCCUUGAAUUCUAAAUAAAUCACUGACAGCGGCACCAGCAAAGGACCCCAACACCAUCACACCUCUUCCGUGCUUCACCGUGAUAACCACACAUGCUGAGAUCAUCCGUUCACCUACGGUUGGAACCAAAAAUCUAAAAUUUGGACUCAUCAAACCAAAGGACAGAUUUCCACCGGUCUAAUGUUCAUUGCUCAUGUUUCUUGGCCAAAGCAAGUCUCUUCUUCUUAUUGGUGUCCUUUAGUAGUGGUUUCUUUGCAGCAAUUUAACCAUAAAGGCCAGAUUCACACAGUCUCGUCUGAACAGCUGAUGCUGAGAUGUGUCUGUUACUUGAACUCUUUGAAGCAUUUAUUCCGGCUGCAAUCUGAGGUGCAGUUAAUCGCCGAUUUCUGAGACUGGUAACUCUAACAAACGUAUCCUCUGCAGCAGAGGUAACUCUGGAUCUUCCUUUCCUGUGGCGGUCCUCAUAAGAGCCAGUUUCAUCAUAGCGCUUGAUGGUUCCCAAGCUCCAAGCUCCCGAGUGGCACAGCGGUCUAGGGCACUGCAUCUCAGUGCUAGAGACGUCAUUACAGACCCUGGUUCGAGUCCAGGCUAUAUCACAACCGGCCGUGAUAGGGCGAUGUACAAUUGGCCCAGCAUCGUCCGGGUUAGGAUUUGGCCUGGGUAGGCCGGCAUUGUAAAUAAGAAUUUGUUCUUGACUGAUUUGCCUAGUUAAAUGGUUUUUGUGACUGAACUUGAAGAAACUUACAAAGUUCUUGACAUUUUCUGCAUUGACUGUCCUUCAUGUCUUAAAGUAAUGAUGGACUGUCAUUUCUCUUUGCUUAUUUGAGCUGUUCUUGCCAUAAUAUGGAUUUGGUCUUUUACCAAAUAGGGCUAUCUUCAGUAUACCACCCCUACCUUGUCACAACACAACUGAUUGGCUCAAAUGCAUUAAGAAGGAAAUACAUUUCACAAAUUAACUUUUAACAAGGCAGACCUGUUAAUUGAAAUGCAUUCCAGGUGACUACCUCAUGGAGCUGGUUGAGAGAAUACCAAGAGUGUGCAAAGCUGUCAUCAAGGCAAACGGUGGCUACUUUGAAGAAUCUCAAAUAUAAAACUUAUUUUGAUUUGUUUAACACUUUUUUUGGUUACUACAUGAUUCCAUAUGUGUUAUUUCAAAGUGUUGAUGUCUUCACUAUUAUUCUGCAAUGUAGAAAAUAGUAAAAAUUAAGAAAAAGCCUUGAAUGAGUAGGCGUGUCCAACCAUUUGACUGGUACUGUAUAUACUGUGUAUAUAAAUAUAUAUAUAUGAAAUGGUGUGUGUAGGCAGUAUGGACAGUGUAUGAAUAGAAAAGGUAUGUACAACAGUAGAAUGAGCCUUGACAGGAAUACAGUAUACAUAUGAAGUGUGUAAAACAUUAUGUAAACAUUUUUUAAGUGACCAGCGUUCAGUGACUAUAUACAUAGUGCAGCAGUCUCUAAAGUGCAGGGUAGACUACCUGGUGUCUCUCAAUGGAGUAUCUGUAGAAGUUUGUGAAGGUCUUAAGGGCCAAGACAAAUUCCUUCAGCCUCCUGAGGUUGAAGAGGCACUGUUUCACCACGCUGUCUGUGUGAAGGGACCAUUUCAGGUUGUCAGGGAUGUGCAUGCAAUUGAACUUGAAGCUUAUAUGACAGCUGUCUCUCUAACGUCAGAAUAACCCUGUUGGCACUGACAGCCCUUCCUCUCAGUCACUCUCUCUGUGACAACAGUAGAAAAAUCUAUAAGCUAUUCACCAAUCGGAGAUUAGUCUGAAAUACGCUGAUACUUCUGUCUGAGAGAGAGAGAGAGAAGUGAGAAGAAAGAGAGAGAGAGAGAAGUGAGAAGAAAGAGUGAGAGAAGUGAGAAUAGAUAGAGAGAAGGGGGAUAGAUUGAGACCGAGUGAGAGAGUCAGAGAGAGAGAUAGAGAGGGGGGGUUAGAUUGAGACCAAGAGACAGAGAGAGAGAGAGAGAGAGAGAGAGAGAGAGAGAGAUAGAGAAUGAUAAAUAUUUUGUAUAUAGUAUAUACAUAUAUAUUUUAUUUUUAUUUUUCGAUAUGUAUACUUUGACAAUGUAAGUAAUAAUGAACUUGCCAUGUCAAUAAAGUGAAUUGAAUUGAAUGGAAUUGAAUGAGACAGAGAGAGAGAGAUAGAGAACGAGACAGAAAGAGAGAGAGAUAGAGAACGAGACAGAAAAAGAGAGAUCGAGAGGGGGGUUAGAUUGAGACCGAGAGACAGAGAGAAAGAGAGAGAGAUAGAGAACGAGACAGAAAGAGAGAGAGAGAUAGAGAGGGGGGUUAGAUUGAGACCGAGAGAUAGAGAGAAAGAGAGAGAGAUAGAGAACGAGACAGAAAGAGAGAGAGGAGAUAGAGAGGGGGGUUAGAUUGAGACCGAGAGACAGAGAGAAAGAGAGAGGGAGAUUGAGAGACAGACAAAGAGCGAGAGACAGAGAACGAGACAGAGAGGGGAAGGUAGAUUGAGACCGAGCGAGAGAGACAGACAGAGAGCGAUAGACAUAGAACGAGACACAGAGAGAGAGAGGAAUAAGGACACCAUGCAGUGCAGGUUGGUGCUGGGUGUCCAGCAGUGAGCCAGGGGCUAGAGUGUGACUGACAGCUGUUUCUGGCUGAGAGAGGGAGUCCCGGGUGCUGCUGACACAUUGCAGACAGAUCACAGACACACAGAGCAGGCUGACUGGAUUGGCUGUCUGGUCUACUGGCUGUCUUGCUGGCUUAGGGGCUGGCUGGUCUACUGUAUAUCUGUCUGGGUGGCUGACUGGCUGGCUGGCAUGUUGGCUGUCUGGCUGGCUGGUCUAAUGUUUACUGUAUCUGUCUGUUUGGCUGACUGGCUGGCUGCCUGGUUUGCUAUCUGGCUGGCUGAUAUACUGUACAUCUGUGUGGGUGGCCGACUGUCUAGCUGGCCUACUGUAAAUCUUCAUCAUGAAUCCACAUCAACCUUAUGAUUGUACAGAACUGUGGAAAUGAUGUAAACCAAAUAAUAUAUAUAUAUCUCAUAUCUGAUUUUAUAUUUAAAAAGUAUAUUUUCGUUGUGGUUCCUGCGGCAGAUUCUUCUUCUUCUGUGUUCCAUUUUUUCCAUUUGAUUUUGUGCAUCUGUAAUUUCAAAUAUGGAGUGUUUUUGUUUUAAAUUUGGCUGGUUUUAAUGGUCCAACCCUAUUGUUUGUAAUGUCUUGUUAAUUGGUGUUGGACCCCAGGAAGAUAAGCUAGCGUUAUGGCGUUAGCUAAUGGGGAUCCUAAUAAAAAUUACAAAUCCCUCGUGUAUGAAAUUAUCUUUAGCUAAUUAGCUGUGGUGUGUGUUGUGUUUUGGUGUGUGUGUGUGUGUGUGUGUGUGUGUGUGUGUGUGUGUGUGUGUGUGUGUGUGUGUGUGUGUGUGUGUGUGUGUGUGUGUGUGUGUGUGUGUGUGUGUGCAGACCCUCUUAGCUGUGUGUUCACGAUAUAAUCACCUCAGCCCCUUCUCAUUGUCUCCUGCCCCCGGGCAGUGAGGCCUGAUUGGCUCUUAGCCCCAGGCAGUUUCCUGCUUAACUAGAGCCAAUCAUGUGUCAAAAUGUAUGCUGCUACAUACUAAUGUGUUAGCUAGGGUAUGUUCAGAAACAACCCUGGGCCCUGAGUGCUGAACUACAACAGUAGACUAGUGCAUAUAUGAAUUCACCACUGAAGUAGGAGUGAUACACAGGUGGUCACAUCAUGUUGACUAUGUUACAGUCUAUCUGGUCAUGCUAUUGAUGCUCAAUACUCCUAGAUCACAUACUCACAUAGCUCCAAUACUCUUUAAUGUCAUGGUGAUUGGGCUUUCAGGAUAACAUAUAGGAAUCUGAAUGUAUGAAGAGAGUCUAAAUGUUCACAGAUAGUUAUAAUGAUGAAAAAACGUUACAACCGUAAAUCGGUGGUGGAAAAAGUAUGCUAUGGUCAUACUUGAGUAAAACUAAAGAUACCUUAAUAGAGAAUUACUCAAGUAAAAGUGAAAGUCACCAAGUAAAACACUACUUGAGUAAAAGUAUGUAAGUAUCUGGUUUUAAAUGUACUUAAGUACAGUGGUGGAAAAAUAACUAAUUUGUCAUAAGUAAAAGUAAAAAGUAAAAGUCAUAAGUAAAGAGUAAAAGUCAUAAGUAAAAGUAAAUGCUAUACAUCAAAUUCAUUUUAUAAAGCAAACAAGACAUCACGGUUUUUUCUUUACUUUUUUUAUACAGACAGACAUGGGCACACUCCAAAACAGACAUUUAUAAAUGCAGUAUUUGUGUAUAGUGAGUCUGACAGAUCUGAGGCAGUAGGGAUGGCAAUGGGUUAUAUUGGUAGGUGUGUGAAUUGGACCAUAUUUCUGUCCUGCCUGAGCAUUCUAAAUGUAAGGGAGUGAACGUUAUUUAUAAUAAUAGUUACAUGGAGAUAAUCUGACUUCUGAAAUAAAAAUGAACGCUUGAAAAGCGUUCAUUUUUUUUUUCCCUGAACGCUUGAAAAAAAAAGUGACCCUCCCCUAUACCCAAAAUAAGAAUUAAACCAUGUGGAUAGCAGAGAACAUGUCUGUCUACCUUUUACCCUCACGUCAUGGACAGACCAGAGCCUUAGAUAUGCAGUUUUAGGUUUUCAGUUUUUGUCUUGUUACAUUGCAACGAAGAGGUUUUUAUAGCGUAUAAGGCUGCAGGCCAGAAGGUUGUGGGUUUGCAGACAUACAUUUUACAAGAGUAGAGGUGGAAAGAUCUCCUUUAUAGUAAAAGCAUUGCAUGAAUCUAUCAUUGUAUUUGCAGGUCCAAGAAAAAAAUACCUUUUAUAAACAGUUCAUGCAAUUCUACAUAAUUUUACAUAUUAGCAGAAUCUUUUUUUAAUGCCACACAAAUUACCAAAAUUAUAGGCUAAUAAUGGACAGAGAGAUAGGCCUAUGUGUUCAUCUGACAGGCUAAUAAUGGACAGAGAGAUAGGCCUAUGUGUUCGUCUGACAGGCUAAUAAUGGACAGAGAGAUAGGCCUAUGUGUUCAUCUGACAGGCUAACAAUGGACAGAGAGAUAGGCCUAUGUGUUCGUCUGACAGGCUAAUAAUGGACAGAGAGAUAGGCCUAUGUGUUCAUCUGACAGGCUAACAAUGGACAGAGAGAUAGGCCUAUGUGUUCGUCUGACAGGCUAAUAAUGGACAGAGAGAUAGGCCUAUGUGUUCAUCUGACAGGCUAAUAAUGGACAGAGAGAUAGGCCUAUGUGUUCAUCUUAUCAUAUUCUCCAAUGCCAAAUCAUGUUAGUCUUGUUUGCAACAAAACUGGCCCUGUAUGCAAAUAAUUAAAUCUGAGACUUCAUUUGGAAUCUGAGAAUGGUAUUUUCAAAAGUUAGGCCUACCUUUCCACCCGAGUGGAAACCACAAUGAGAGAAGGUCUUCAACACAAGUGCUAACCUAAAAGCUGCCUGGGUUUAAACAUCUUCUAUUGUACAGAAAGUGAAUACCUUAAUCAAUUGAUAGUGACAGAAUUAGAUUACUUCCCAAGCAAAGUCAAUUUUUUGUCUCCUUGGCUAUAGCAGGUUGUAGCUCAGCCUCUGAAUGUCAAAGAAUUGAAACAAUGAUAUUGCCACGUCUUUCUCGGCUAUUUUACAGCUUGUUUCUAGUAUCGCAGACCAAAUCAAAAUCAAAUUUAUUUAUAUAGCCCUUCUUACAUCAGCUGAUAUCUCAGUGCUGUACAGAAACCCAGCCUAAAACCCCAAACAGCAAGCAAUGCAGGUGUAGAAGCACGGUGGCUAGGAAAAAUUCCCUAGAAAGGCCAAAACCUAGGAAGAAACCUAGAGAGGAACCAGGCUAUGAGGGGUGGCCAGUCAUCUUCUGGAAUAGGGUUAGAGGCAGAGAAUCCCAGUGGAGAGAGGGGAACCGGCCAGGCAAAGACAGCAAGGGCGGUUCGUUGCUCCAGAGCCUUUCCGUCCACCUUCACACUCCUGGGCCAGACCACAUUCAAUCAUAUGACCCACUGAAGAGAUGAGUCUUCAGUAAAGACGUAAAGAUUGAGACCGUAUCUGCGUCUCUCACAUGGGUAGGCAGAUCAUUCCAUAAAAAUGGAGCUCUAUAGGAGAAAGCCCUGCCUCCAGCUGUUUGCUUAGAAAUAAUUCUAGGGACAAUUAGGAGGCCUGCGUCUUGUGACCGUAGCGUACGUGUAGGUAUGUACAGCAGGACCAAAUCGGAAAGAUAGGUAGGAGCAAGCCCAUGUAACGCUUUUUAGGUUAGCCAAAGCAUUAUAAAGCGUUGUUAAAGAUUACUUUAUAUAAUCGGAUCAGUUUAUAUAAACUAACUAUGUCAUAACCUCUCAUAACCCCCCCAAUUCCAGUCUUGGUUCUAACUCAGCUCUUCUGUCACGAUUGUCGUCAGGGUGGAAAUAACCGGACCAAGGUGCAGCGUGGUGAGCGUACAUUUCUCUUUAUUAUGAAUGUCGCCAACAAAACAAGAAACAACAGAAACGAACGUGAAGAUGACUAGGGCUAUACAGGCCACUAACACAGACAACUACACACAACUAAGGUGGCAAAACAGGCUGCCUAAAUAAAGAAACUAGAAUGCCCACCCUAGUCACACCCUGGCCUAACCAAAAUAGAGAAUAAAAGCCUCUCUAUGGCCAGGGCGUGACACCUUCAAUGACAUGAAGGUUGGCUGUUUUUAAAGAGUGCAUGGUGGGUGGAGGAAUUGACCGACAAAAUCUAUGGAUAUAGCAGCCUAUAGCCUAAUUUCAUUUGUCAAACCGAUAGGCCUACCUAUUAUUUCUUAAAUUAGAAGAAAUAGGCUCCAACACAAAGCCCUCUUGUUGUUAGUAAAUUCCAAUUAAAAUGAAGACUGUUGAAAUGAAUUAUUCCUACUCUAAUUUGCCUACUUUCAGCACCAUGAGCUGUCCAUUUCCGAUUGAUUGUGACGCGACUGCUGCUUCAAGUUUCAGCACCACAAAGUACAUUGUUACCUCUUGUGAGGUCAAUAACUGUGAUAAAUACAUCAUGGGCAAGAAACAAAUAGUUUUUAAUCAAAUCUAUUAUAGUAGUAGCAAGCUAUCAAAGUUGACCGGUCCUGUGCCUUCUCCUCAAACUGAACAGAACAUAAGCUAUAGGCUAUUUGGAAGAAGCCUUUGACUCUCCUAAACUGACAGCGUAGUCAUACACAGCACAGCCAUUAGUUAGGCUGCACACUAAAAAAUGUUGGAUCAGCAAGAGCAGAGCAUUGUUGGAAUAUCCAUUGCAGUGUGUAAUGCAGCCUAGUUGUAUUUACACCGUCUCAGCAGCUAUCUUAGAAACAUAACUGUGCUCUGUGCUUCCCCGAGCAUGCACUUCGUAGCCUAAAGCCUAUAGGCUGUGGAUCAUUUAAUAGAGACCGCACUAAAUAGCCUUCAGACGCACUUGAUAUUGCACGCCCAGCGGAGAAUCAGAGAUGAGGGGCGGCAUCGGGCACACAUCUAUAUAUAGCCUAAUAAGCAACUCAUUCUAAAACUGAAAAAUAUAGAAAUUUCAUAAAUUACAAAUGACAUUACCCUCCCAUUCGCUGUGCUUGCAGGAUUUACUCGGGCUUACUGUCUUCUGACAAAUGACUGUACAGCUGUAAAAAUAAUUACCUAAAUACUACCUAGAAAUAGUGUGGUGAGAAAUAUGGUACUGAGAAACGGCACAUGCUUAAAUUGAAGUGCUGGGAAUGUCCCGGCAUCAGAGUUGUUGUUUAUGUUCUUAUGUCUAAAUAAGAUAUCCGGAAUUGAAAUUCAUUGUUCAGGUUAGAUAUCAUUAUAGUGUAUGUACUUCCAACAACCUUCACAGAGUAAACACCACAGACGGGCAAACACACACACACACAUACAGGAGAUAGGACUGCUCUCACCAGCUGUUCAACUCCCAUGAGAGGGUGUUUAGUGCCCCAAAACGUCACAGCAACUCGACAUGACAAAUUUGAUUCGACAUCUCUGGAUGAUUUCCUUGCCAGGAAGAUACUGUUUAAACCCUAAACUCCAAGGGCUAAACACACACACACACAGUAACAAUCUGACACACAGUAACAAUCUGACACACAGUAACAAUCUGACACACAGUAACAAUCUGACACACAGUAACAAUCUGACACACAGUAACAAUCUGACACACAGUAACAAUCUGACACUGACACACAGUCACACAGAGUAACAAUCUGACACUGACACACAGUCACACACUGACACACAGUCACACACAGUAACAAUCUGACACUGACACACAGUCACACACUGACACACAGUCACACACAGUAACAAUCUGACACUGACACACAGUCACAAUCUGUUACACAGUCACACACUGACACACAGUCAUAAUCCGACACACAGUCACACACAGUCACAAUCUGACACUGACACACAGUCACACACUGACACACAGUCACAAUCUGACACACAGUCACACACUGACACACAGUCACACACUGUAACAAUCUGACACUGACACACAGUCACACACUGACACACAGUCACAAUCUGACACACAGUCACACACUGACACACAGUCACACAUAGUCACACACUGCCAGACAGUCACAAUCUGACACACAGUCACACACUGACACACAGUCACAUAGUCACACUGACACACAUGCAGCCAUUUUACAGCUAGGUGAUGACAAAAUCAGGGUUUAUGUCUGUUUUUGUUUCCAUUUAUUUGUAUUCAUGUGAAAAGAAGAGGUGCAAACUAGCAGUGUGACUGUGAUGUUACAUGUAUUUCUGUCUGUGAUGUGACGUUCCUUUCUGUUGCCUUGGUGCCCCAUGAUACCUCACUCUGUGCUGUUGUAGAGGAGUGUUUAGUAGGCUGAUGCAUGUUGCUGGCCAAUUUGACAUGCGCACACACGUGCACACACACACACACUCACAAAACAUAGACAACAGGUGGUUAGGGCUGUAUGAGUGAUAAUAUACAAAAUCAUCAACUAAUGUGUGUUUGAACACUUAUCAUCAUGCAUUUAUGAAUGUUGUGUGUGUGUGUGUGUGUGUGUGUGUGUGUGUGUGUGUGUGUGUGUGUGUGUGUGUGUGUGUGUGUGUGUGUGUGUGUGUGUGUGUGUGUGUAAUCACCACCCGAAGUGUGUUUGACCCCACUAAUGAUCACACACUAUAUAUACAGGGACCCUCACAUAGAUUACAGGUACAACAAACACAGACAUCUAAUGACCCUGCAGUGUGCUGGACAUGACUACAAGACAUCUGGAAAAGGGAUCUGGUCUGUGUGUGGAGGUGGUGGGGGGGGGUGCUUUUCAGUGUGUCUGUACCGCAGCUUUAAGGGCUGUUUUUUCAUGUUGAAAUGCACUUUAAACAAAAACGGUGAUUUGUGAUUCAACUGAUUGUUGAACUGAAUGAUAAUUUCUCUCAUUCUGGAAAUGUUUUCUUUGAGAACUAUUUCUGUCUGCUCCGGAAUAUGAUUGUUCAGAAUGGAUUCCAGUGUAACCGUUACCGGAGCUCGUUAGCGAUGUUGUGAGGUGAUUCAUGUCUCUGACCCAAUGGCCAAUCAGUGGAUAGUACAACCUGUAAGCAUCGCCCUCUCGAACUUCUCUAACGAGUCCAGACGUUCUAUUUUUUUUUAACCUUUUUCUCUUUUUUCUGUCUCUUCUUCUGUUCUCUGAUCUGUGUAGCAAGCCUCAAGCAGAUGUAGCCUAUGACCUCUUCAUUGAUUCCUACUAUAAUUUCCAUAUUGAUAUUUCUGUGGCAGUAAUGUUCUGUAAAUGUGUUUGAAUACAAGAGUCCAACCUGUA